UUUUUGCAAGACAAUUUAUAUAGAUACUGUUAUAUAGAAACUGGUUUAUUGCGUUCGUUACAUCACGAGGAAAAGAUGAAAAUCAAAGCAUAUAACGUAUAUGAGCUGGAGCACUAGUAUCUAAUCGGCAAAGGAUAACUUUAUCCAACUUGCGGCGUGGAUUUGUUGACCAAUCUGCGAGUAAAGAGCGACACAGAAACCUCGUCCUCGAAUCGUGCGAAUGCAGGAGUGCAUAUCGUGUCUUUAUCUUUAUCGUCGACUGGGGAUUCGAGCGCAAAGAUGUUCUCGUAAAUGAAAUUAUCCCGAGUGUUUUCCAGGGAGACGGAUCGUGCUAACUUCGCUGAGGGACAACGAGACUUUUAGUUAUCAAUCUGUACCUCGUGGACCAUUGAGAAUUAAUCUCUUAAUAGAAAUCUAUAAAAAGGAAAUGUGAUUAAUGAUGCAAAAGAAAAAUUAGUGCGCCAGAUUUAAAGUUGUGAAUGAAUAAUUAUGCAGUUAUGCAGCAUCAUGAAAUUAUUAGAUGAUUGGAGUUUUAAUCAUCAGUAUCUUAUCGUCGCAAAUGAAGAUAGGAUAAAGAUUACGUCCCGCCAAGAGUGAUUGCUAACCGAAUCCUGGCUUAUUAUUAAUUAGCAGUAGAAUCAGUAUAUAAUUAUCGGUAGAAAGGUCCGAGACAGUUUUUUCGCUCACGUUAAUCAAUAUUUCAUCGUCGGAGAUUGAAUAUUUUUUGAAGAUUCAACUUUAAUUUCUCUCUGAAGACUAAACUUGGAUUCUCUUCUUUCUAUCCUUUUGUGCAACUUACAAUGGCAAAGACGGAAAAGAUAGAAAAUGGGAUUUACAAACAAAGCGGAUAUACUAACGAGGCAUUCCAACUGGAUAAUUUCGAUUCUCAUGAAAAUAUUCCACCCGAUUAUAAGACAGCGACGCAUCUUGACAAAGAGCAGGAGCAUUCUAAAAAUUCAGUGGUCAUUGAAGAAACUGAAUGGGGAGGUAGACUGGAAUUUUUAAUGGCUUGUAUAGCCACUUCUGUCGGAUUAGGAAACGUAUGGAGAUUUCCAUUUACCGCAUACGAGAACGGCGGUGGUGCCUUUCUGAUACCUUACAUUAUAAUUUUGAUUCUGGUUGGAAAACCGUUUUACCUUUUGGAAGGAUUGUUGGGACAGUUUACCAGCAGAUCCUGCGUGAAAGCGUGGUACAUGACACCAGCUAUGAAAGGAUUAGGAUAUUCGCAAGCCUUCGCCGCGUUUUGCGUCGUUUCAUACUACUGCGCUCUAAUGGCAUUGACUUUGUAUUACUUGGCAAUGAGCUUCCAGUCUGAAUUGCCGUGGUCGAUCUGUCGUACGGAAUGGCGAAAUUACUGUAUCGAUAUUAAUUCGAACAACAGUAUCCCCGAGACAGGAACUCGUAACGUCACCGUUCAAAGUUCCGCGGAGCUGUACUUCAGAAAAGUAGUGCUGCAGGAAUACGAGUCUAUCGAGAAUGGUAUCGGUAUGCCAUCCUGGCAGCUGGCAAUAUGCCUAUUCCUUAGUUGGGCUUCUGUCUUUGGGGUGCUAUUCCGCGGCGUGAAGAGUACGGGAAAAGCCGCUUAUUUCCUCGCGUUAUUUCCUUAUGUCGUAAUGACGGCUUUGCUGAUUAGAGCCGUCACCCUCGAGGGCGCUAUCAACGGCAUUCUUUUCUUCAUAACGCCAAAAUGGGACGUUCUGUGGCAGCCUACCGUCUGGUACGCCGCUGUCACGCAGUGUUUCUUUUCACUGUCGGUCUGUUUCGGCCCGAUCAUCAACUACUCGUCCUACAACAAUUUCGGACACAGAGUGGACAGAGAUGUAAUGAUAGUGACAACCGUGGAUACGUUCACCAGCUUGAUGGCCGGUUGCACGAUCUUUGGUAUUCUUGGUAACCUGGCUCAUGAGAUGGGCACGACGGAUAUCGCCAAGGUGGUCCGCGGCGGCAUCGGAUUAGCCUUCAUUUCAUAUCCGGACGCUCUGUCGCGCUUUACUUUUGUGCCUCAAUUGUUCGCUGUAAUGUUUUUCAUCAUGCUAUUUGUUCUUGGCGUAGGAAGCGCCGUUGCGUUGUGCGGAGCGGUAUUUAAUGUCUUUAGUGAUCAUUUACCCAAAGUGAGGCUGUGGUUGGUGGUGCUCUGCGUUACCUCCUUUGGCUAUGUCGUCAGCCUUAUUUACAUUACUCCGGGCGGUCAAUGGCUUAUAACAUUGGUCGAUUACUAUGGAGGAACCUUUGUGGCAAUAAUUGUCGGCGUUUUCGAGAUGGUAACUAUCUUUUGGGUGUAUGGUUUAUCAAAUUUCCUCGAUGAUAUGGAAUUUAUGCUCGGUAAGAGACCAAAUUUCUAUUGGCGGAUGUGUUGGCUCUUAAUCACACCCUUGCUCAUGAUUGUUAUACUGAUCUAUACAUGUGCAACUUAUGAGCCGCCUAUGUACGAUGGUAUACGAUUUCCCGAUUAUGCUUAUGGAAUAGGAUGGUUUUUGCUAGUUCUAGGCAUAUCUCCUAUAGCAUGGUGGAUCGGUCAAAAAAUUAUCACAAACAGAACAUCAUCUUUCACUGAAUCUGUCAAAAUGGCAUUUCGACCUGCGCAAAAUAAAUGGGGACCUAAGAAUCCGAAGAUACAUAGGGAAUGGGAAGCGUUUAUAAUGGAGAAAAAAUUAAGAGAUCAAGGCGGUCUAACGAAGAUGUUUUUUAAAUGAAAGAGCCCAGUUCGAUAUUGUGAGCGUGUAUUAUUAAGCAUAAUAUAUUGUAAUAGAAAAAAUAAAUUGCAUUUGUAUUUUAACAUUUUAUUAUUAAAAAAUCACCUUUUUAGAAAAAGACUUCAAAUGCUUGCA